UCAUGCUAUAGUAGAAUAAAAAAAAAAUAAAAUCAAAGCUAUAAAACGGGGGGAGAAAUCUUGCUACUUGUACUCGCUGUUUCUGUGUCGCGUUAGUUUAGUUUAGGGCGAAUCCUGUGUUGUGGUAUAAUGACAUUGCAUUUGUUUUUCAGGUGGUUUGUAAAUAAGGUUAAGUUAAUCAUGAGUUUUAACCUGACCACCGAAUUUUCCCCAACUCAACUUUCCAACGUAACGGAAGGCACGAAAUUAAAUGCAGAGAUUGGAGCCGUUCAAGUAGUAGAGUUGAUCUACCUGACGAUCUUAUGCGUUUUAGGAUCAGUUGGAAAUCUUGUUGUUAUAUUUUCAAUAACACUCGAAAACCGAGUGCAUUCCCAUGGCAACAUAUUUGUAAUUAACUUGGCUAUAGCUGAUUUGCUGGUUACUGGUUUUGUGGUGCCUACGGUUAUGAUCAACGUGAUACAAUCUGCCAAUGCCUUGCCACCAAUAGCUUGUACAAUUGUCGGUUAUACCGUGACAGUCACAUGUACAUGUUCGCUAAGUAACCUGACAGUAAUCGCCAUAAACAGGUUUUGGGCGGUCGUGCGCAGCAAAACGUACACUCAGAAUUUUACUCGAAAGCGAGUUUAUUUGAUGAUGAUAGCGACGUGGGUUUGGUCCAAUCUGCUUAGUAUGCCAUCUCUGAUCGGAUGGGGAAGGAUUGGCUACGAUGAAAAAAUAAUGGUAUGUUCAUGGGAUGACACCUACUCAAGGUCAUUUACGAUUUUCAUAACGGUUGGAGCAAUCGUCCUCCCAGUUAUCGUUAUAGCGCUAUGCUACUGGAAGCUGUUCAUGACCGUACGCAGCAGUGGCAGAUGGGUUCGUAGCUUAAGCAUGGGAAACUCCGCGUUCCAGAGCAACGAGCAGCAUCGGAGGUCGGUUAGAAAGGAAAGGAAUCUUUUACAAACAUUGGCAACUACUGUUGCAUUCUUUUGCGUCUGUUGGUUGCCCUAUGGACUUUGUGUGUUGAUAGAUCCAGUCGGCGUACCUCCGUUGGCAAAGAAGGCUUGCGGUUGGUUAGGCUUGAGUAACUCUGCUGUAAACUUCGUAAUCUACGGAGCCAUGAACCCCGUAUUUAGGAGGGGUUAUCGCAAUCUGUUUAUUCUCGUGUUCCGUUGCAAACGACCAAACCGAAUCACUUCUACUGCUCUACACGGCUCGCAAUCCGAUACCUUUUACAAAUCCAGAAAGAAGUCUAUACCAACCACCCCUACACCGAAUUCUGGCAACAAAUUUCAAACACGGUGGAGCAGCCCAGGUGCUAUUAUUCAUACAGCAAAGCAAAACUCGGCUGCUGAGAUGAAUCAGGAACGUGAUUCAAGUCGAAGACAUUGCAAAGUUUGGUCAACAAAUGUAACACCAUGGAGCAAGUUUCUCGACUCUAGAACUGAAUCCCCGAAACACCAAAAGCAGCAACCGGAGACGCCGGAACACAAAAAUACUCCAACUCUUUCCAAAAUUGAAAAGGCCAUAUCCCCUGCUCACUUAUUUUCAUUCAAACGUUCUGAGACUGGAAGUGUUCGUAAAGUUGACAAGAUUCGAAACGAAGCUGCAAUAUGGGAAGCUAGAAAGAAACGAAACAGUCUUAUGUUAUUGCAGAUCGAACUCAGCGACGACGAUGACUCCCCGAUAAACAAAAGACGAACAAAAUCGGAAAUCCCAUACGGGGUUACGAAGCCAUGUAUUCGACGUAACCCAAGCACACGUACCACGAAUAGUCCGAUUUUGCCCUUAAACAAUAAUAUUAACCAUGAUUCUGCACAUGAAAUGCAAAACAACAUAUCUUCAAAACAGCAGGAAGCAGUAUUGGAGGAAACAAAAUCAGCAAUGCAGGAUUCUGAUGAUGACACUGUAAUGAUCACCAGUUCAGUUAUUUAGGUUAAGUGUUGUUAUUAAUCAACGUUAUAGUAUUAAAUUUUAGAUCCUUUUUUGCAAAAUACAAAUCAGCACUUUGUUUAUAACAAAUCUACUCGUUGUUUUUCAAAUAAAUUCUUAACGUUUAUCGUUAAAGCUAUAAACCACUGUGCAAUAAAUAGAGAACAAAUGUAUAAUGUUGGAGUAAAGGUGGCUGUACACAGUAUCCGGAAUUCGUCCGUUUUUUCUGUUUUGUCCGGAUUUCGCUGCCGCAUGCGGAACUCAGUAAUGUGUUUGCAAGCGAAUUCGCAUGCUGGAUUCUGUGUACAGCCACCUUAACAUGUUUUCAUUCGCUUUAUCCUUUUUUUCAUUCGCUUUAUCCUUGCCAGUAAUCUAAGAAUAUUUAUAACCGUAUCCUAAUGACUCUAAUAGAGCAUAGUUCAACUUAAAAGAACAAUGAAAAUAUGGGAUAUUAUGUGUUAACGGUGUAUAGUCUAUAAUACCCCACAGUAUACCAUGUUUGGUUUUUGUGCUGUAUCCAAAAAUUAUAGCAAUGUGUUUAUCAAAAUUAAAGACACGCGUUUUGUAUUCGAA